GUUCCUCACAAGGCAUAACUAGAACUUUCCACUAGUUCAAAAAAUUAGGGUUUUUCGGAAGGGGUUUAAGGGUUAUUCCUCGCAACCAGAAACCCCCAAUUCUCCUUCCAAAGCUUCACAAUUUCCCAUUGAAGAGCUCCCAAAUGUAUCGCUCCAAUGGCAUUAGGCUCCUUCGAUCUCUGCCCGUAAAGCUCCUCCGUCACGCCAAUGAACAUAUAUAUGGAGGAGUGUGCCAAAGGGGCUAUAGAACGUUGAAUUCAGGAUUGUGCAAUCCAUCCAGAGUUAUCCAAAAUUUUUCUCCAAAUGUUGGAGAUGGUGUGAAUUUGAAGCGGUUGCUAUUGGGAGUAGCAAAUACUUAUUGGGGGACAUCUAGAUCCAUUCAUGGGUCAGCAUCAUUGGCAAGAGACUAUUACAAUGUGCUUGGUGUGAGUAAGAACGCAAGUUCUUCUGAAAUAAAGAAAGCAUACUAUGGGCUUGCUAAGAAGCUUCAUCCAGACACAAACAAAGAUGAUCCUGAGGCUGAAAAGAAGUUUCAAGAAGUUUCAGUGGCGUAUGAGGUUUUGAAGGAUGAUGAAAAGCGCCAACAGUAUGAUCAGAUUGGCCAUGAUGCAUAUGUAAACCAACAAAGCACUGGUUUUGGAGGUGACAGUGGCUUUAAUCCAUUUGAGCAGAUGUUCCGUGAUCAUGAUUUUGUCAAGAACUUUUUUCAUCAGAAUGUCGGUGGAGAGGAUGUCAAGACUUUCAUUGAACUGUCUUUUAUGGAAGCUGUCCAAGGAUGCACCAAAAAUAUUACGUUUCAAACAGAAGUUCUUUGCAACACUUGUGGUGGGAGUGGUGUUCCUCCUGGUACAAGACCUGAAACCUGUAAGCGCUGUAAGGGAUCUGGAGUGACAUUUGUACAAGCUGGCAUAUUUAGGAUGGAGAGUACUUGUGGUACAUGUAGGGGAACUGGCAAAAUUGUAUCGAAUUUCUGCAAGUCAUGCAGGGGUGCAAAGGUUUUGAAAGGAACAAAGUCAGUCAAAUUGGAUAUUAUGCCUGGGAUGGACAAUAAUGAAACCAUAAAGGUUUAUAGAAGUGGUGGUGCAGAUCCUGAUGGAGAUCAACCUGGUGAUCUUUAUGUUACUAUCAAGGUCAGGGAAGAUCCUGUCUUCCGUAGAGAAGGAUCUCAUAUUCAUGUGGAUGCUGUCUUAAGUAUCACUCAGGCAAUUUUGGGUGGAACCAUUCAGGUUCCAACUCUUACUGGAGAUGUCGUACUUAAGGUUCGUCCUGGCACCCAACCUGGUCAGAAGGUGGUUCUGAAAAAGAAAGGUAUCAAGACAAAAAAUUCUUAUACGUUUGGGGAUCAAUACGUUCAUUUUAACGUCAGCAUUCCAACAAACCUGACAGAGAGACAGCGGGAAUUGAUUGAAGAGUUUGCCAAUGAAGAGCAAGGGGAUUUUGAUAAACAGAGAGCUGCAUCUGCUUCUGGUUGAAAACAUUGCAAGAGUUUCCGGUGGUAAUUUGUUACCAACUCAUGCUCAACUGGGCGGGAAAGCCACCUGCUGUUGAAGUUUUGUAGGAAUAAGCAUUAAGGAUUGACAAUUUUUUUGACCCCUCCUCUUUUUGAGUGUAUGGAAUAUUUGUCGUCAUAGCUAACGAUCACAAUUGAAUCAUUUAUGGUUAGAAGAGAAGGUAAUCCCCUCUUUCACUUGUAGGCUAGUAUUCUAGUCACUGCUGUAUAUAUGUUUUCCCUAAACACAACAAAGGGUGCCAAGUUGCUAAUUAUGAUUUCUUUUCCUGUCAUAUAUAGAGGAACUUCCCUUUAGGCUUUACUUUUGGGGCUUGGGUAAA